AUGAAGGGUAUUAUUAUAGUUCUGAUGAUCGUAAUCGGAGUCGUCUUUGCUGAUGAUUCAGAUUCCGGAACCGAAGCACCAAUAGCUGUGACAGACGUCCCGGAGUCAGAGGAGACUACAGAAGCAUGUCAGAGGGAGUAUGAUUACAUCGAGGAACUGGAGAACCAGGUUUGGGAGGAAACAGGUGUCCGGCCGUCCGGAACAACCAAACCUCAAUGUCUAGAGGAUGGCACUUACGCUCCUCGCCAGUGUAUGUACGGCCACUGUCGAUGUGUCGCUGCUGAUGGAACUAUCUUGACAAAGACAGAUUUCUCGGAAGCCCAAGCCGUUGAUACUGACUGUUCCUGUAAACGUCAACAACACGAGCAUUCGCAGCUACAAAUGGUCGGAAAGAUUUUUCGUUGUACUGACAUUGGAAGCUUUGAUCAAAUUCAAUGCACCGGAAGCGUUUGUUUCUGUGCAGACGCACGAGGUGAACAAUUGGGAGAGGAAACCGUGAACAUCGGACUCAUCGACACGCUUAAGUGUUAA